CUAAAGAUAGAGGGCAUCGACGUUUUGGUCGACGCUAAAGUUGAAUGGUCAGCGAAAAUGACAACGUUACGAGCUUUUACGUGCGAUGAUUUGUUCAAGUUCAACAACAUCAACCUGGAUCCAUUAACAGAGACUUAUGGAAUCCCAUUUUACCUACAGUACCUGGCCCACUGGCCUGAGUACUUCAUUGUUGCAGAGGCCCCUGGUGGAGAAUUGAUGGGUUACAGUAAGUGCAUGUCAUAUGUACCAUCCUAUAUGAUGAUUGCAAUAGCAUACACUGUGGAUGGCCUCCAUCAAAAUUACACUUCUGACUUUGUCCUUGCAGUCAUGGGAAAGGCGGAGGGAUCAGUGGCGCGAGAAGAGUGGCAUGGGCACGUCACAGCUCUCUCAGUGGCCCCAGAGUUCAGACGACUGGGACUGGCAGCCAAGCUUAUGGAGAUGCUGGAGGAGAUCUCAGAAAGGAAGGGCGGGUUCUUUGUUGACCUGUUUGUUCGAGUCUCCAAUCAAGUGGCGGUGAACAUGUACAAACAGCUAGGCUACAGCGUUUACAGAACCGUGAUAGAGUACUAUUCUGCUAGCAACGGAGAACCGGAUGAAGACGCCUAUGAUAUGAGGAAAGCCUUGUCGAGCGACACAGAGAAGAAAUCCAUCGUUCCUAUACCACAUCCCGUCAGACCAGAAGAUAUAGAAUAGACGGAACACGGACACUAAUAUUUCUCUCGUCUGCAUUGGUGAAGUGUGAUAAGGACUAGUUUUGAGGGUGUGAUGUGUGAAAGCUGACAGAAUAUCAUUGUACAUAGUUAUUGGAUAGUUCAAAAUUCACUGGUCCUUUGUGAAACUAAGAUUUUUUUUGCCAAUGAGUCAGUCACUGUUUGGAGCUAUAUGGAAUUGAAAGGACUCAAAUUCAAUAAAUUAUCUACUUACUUGACUCACCCAGGGACCUGCUGCUUUGUCACAAUCAAUCAAUUAUGGUUCAUUUUCCAAAUAAAAAUAAAAUGGA